AUGACAGAGGGGGUGAAGACGGAGCUCAACGGAAUCGCAAACGAGACCCACGCACGAAACUCUACAAAGACAAGUUUACCCGCGAAACCUCUUCACAGCACACACCCGACUUCAUCAGAAGUCUAUCAACCAGACCUGUGCGUUGUACUUCAAACUACACUACAAAAUGCACCACCACCAGUCAUCCUCAUCACAUCGUCUGAAGCAGCAAGGCCACGACAGUCGAUGAGAAGAGGAAUUUUACACGUCAGAAUACACCAGCUGCCCUACACGACGGGACCGUCCAGAGGACGAGAAACCCGAGGCGUAAGAGAUCAUCGCUGA